AUGCCCGUGUGUUACGUGUGGUUGUCGUCGCCCCCUAAGGUCUCUCUGGUGAUGGUGAAAGGGAAGGCGCCCCGACGCACUCUGCUGCUGGUCUUCAUCGGCGCCUUCGCGGUCCACUUCGCCUCGGCCCUUCAGCAUGACCUCGCUCCCCCGACUGGCUCCAGCCUUCGCCGACAAACACUGGCAGGCUCUCACCCACUGAAGAACGAUGAAGGGAAGGCCGGUGUUUUGGUCGAUGGCGGACCCAAAGACCCAGUAUCGGUUGCUAGCGGGCAGAGGAACCGUGACGUGAAUGCACGUCGGCUGUUGAGACGUAGCAUCUCAGUGAUUCCUGGUACUCGUCGUCUCGAUAACCAUUCUGACGAAAGGCGCAGUGAUGCUCAACGCACCGGAGAAAAUCUAGACGCUCGAUGGGCUGGAGGGCGACGUCUAGACACCUCACAAAAUGAAGAAUAUCGUUUAAGCACUCGCCAGCGUUUGGAAACUCGACGUGCUGAAGAUCAACGGCUUGGCGCUCGCCAUGUCAAGGAACAACGUCUCGACACUCGACGACAUCCAGAUACUCGAUUUACUGAAGAACGACGCUUAGAUAGUCGUCGAGUUGAAGAUCGACGUUUAGACACUCGACGUGCUGAGGAACGGAGUGCAAGUAUGCGCAGAUCAGAAGUAAGUCUUUACGUUCGACAUGUUGAAGUAAAUACUCGACGCGCUGAUUCUUUGCCAUCUGAAAAACGACAAUCUGUAGACCGACGACUACAUUCUCGCACGUCUGAAGUUCGCCUCGAGACAAGACAACAACCAGAAGAAAGGCGUUCCCGACAGUCUUCCAUUCGUCGACCUGUAAGUGCCAUUGCCUUCGGAGGCUCAUCCAAUCUUGAAACACGCCGAUUUGGUUUCUUGACAAGGAGGCUUUCGUAUUAUAAAGAUUCUACCACAAGUUCCAGAGAGGUAGUAUCUAGGGAACAGCAACGUGUAGAUCGACGUCUGAGUUCAAGAAGAGCAGAAGAAAGACACUCAGCUUCCAGGGCAUCUGAAGAACUUUUGAAUCGCAGGAGAGAUUCUGACGAACGACAUUUGGAUUCUAGAAGAGCCUCUGAGGAACGACGCAUGGAUUUCAGGAGGGCUUCUGAAGAACAUUCCAGGAGAGCCUCUGAGGAACGACGUAUGGAUUCUAGGAGAGCCUCUGAAGAACGAGAGCCUCUGAAGAACGGCGUCUGGAUUCCAGGAGAGCUUCUGAAGAACGGCGUCUGGAUUCCAGGAGGGCCUCUGAAGAACGUCUGGAUUCCAGGAGAGCCUCUGAAGAACAUUCCAGGAGAACUUCUGAGGAACGACGUCUGGAUUCCAGGAGAGCCUCUGAAGAACGACGUCCUAGAUUCCAGGAGGCCUCUGAAGAAUAUCUUAGAUUCCAGAAAGCCUCUGAAGAACGACAUUCCAGGAGAGCCUCUGAAAUCCAGGAGAACUGAAGAACGACGUCUAGAUUCUAGGAGAGCUGAAGAACGACGUCUAGAUUCCAGGAGAGCCUCUGAAGAACGUCUAGAUUCCAGGAGAGCCUCUGAAGAACGACGUAUGGAUUCCAGGAGGGCUUCUGAAGAACGGCGUCUAGAUUCCAGGAGAGCCUCUGAAGAACGGCGUCUGGAUUCCAGGAGAGCCUCUGAAGAACGUCUAGAUUCCAGGAGAGCUGAAGAACGACGUAUGGAUUCCAGGAGGGCUUCUGAAGAACGUCUAGAUUCCAGGAGAGCUGAAGAACGACGUCUAGAUUCCAGGAGAGCCUCUGAAGAACGUCUGGAUUCCAGGAGAGCCUCUGAAGAACGGCGUCUGGAUUCCAGGAGAGCUGAAGAACGACGUCUAGAUUCCAGGAGAGCUGAAGAACGACGUCUAGAUUCCAGGAGAGCCUCUGAACGUCUAGAUUCCAGGAGAGCCUCUGAAGAACGUCUAGAUUCCAGGAGAGCCUCUGAAGAACGACGUAUGGAUUCCAGGAGAGCCUCUGAAGAACGACAUUUAGAUUCCAGGAGGGCUUCUGAAGAACGGCGUCUGGAUUCCAGGAGAGCCUCUGAAGAACGUCUAGAUUCCAGGAGAGUCUCUGAAGAACGACAUUUGGAUUCCAGGAGAGCCUCUGAGGAACGACGUAUGGAUUCCAGGAGGGCUUCUGAAGAACGACGUCUGGAUUCCAGGAGAGCCUCUGAAGUGCGACGUCUAGAUUCCAGGUCAUACGAAGAGCAACCUCUGGAAUCUAGGAGCAUUGCAGGAAAGGACCGGCAAGAUUCCAUCUGGGCUUCCCAAGAGCUGCACCUAAAUUCUCGAAAAGCACGUGCACUGCAACAUCGUUUAAGUCUACCUGGUGAUGGAUUAGAUUUUAGCGUUAUGUUCAAGAGGCAAUCCGCAGAAGUGAUUGAUGACGUCGAUGAGAAGAAAUUACUUCAUGAUACAUAUUUGCAUAUUCCGGGCCAGAAGACAAGGACCGACGCAGUGCUAGUUCAGAAGAUUCCCUAUCACUUCGAUAUGACCGACUUCACUUCAGAAUUUUCUGACAAUGAAAACAGCUACAAACAGGAAAGAAGCGUAGGUGAUAUACUGAUGAAAGGGUUGUGGACGGGCUUGGCAACACUAGCCCUCUACCACACUCGCCAGGCAUCAGCCUCCAAGCUGGCUGUGUGCUAGAACCCGUG